UGUCUGACGGUCUGGUGGGAGGUGCUUUGCAUAUUUGGUCGGCUCCACAGUCUCUGUCGGCCCUUUGUGCGACCGGAGUGUAACCGUUUAACAGCAGCGUCGAGCCUGUAAACUGUAUUCAUCAUGGCAGGGUACUUGAAGGUCCUCAGCUCAAUCAAAUCGGCUGCCGUGCUUUCUGCUAAAAACCCGGCUGUGCUUGCACCUGCCGCUCGCCAGCGACCACAACAGCAGCGGAACUAUGCUGACAAGCGCAUCAAAGUCUCCAACCCUGUGGUGGAGAUGGACGGUGAUGAGAUGACCCGCAUCAUCUGGGAAUUCAUCAAAGAGAAGCUGAUUCUCUCCAACGUGGCUGUGGACCUGAAGUAUUACGAUCUGGGGCUUCCGUACCGGGACCAGACUAACGAUCAAGUCACCAUCGACUCUGCACUGGCCACCCAGAAGUACCAUGUUGCUGUUAAAUGUGCCACCAUCACUCCUGAUGAGGCCAGAGUGGAAGAGUUCAAACUGAAGAAAAUGUGGAAAAGCCCAAAUGGAACAAUCAGGAACAUCCUGGGUGGGACAGUCUUCCGCGAGCCAAUCAUCUGCAAGAACAUUCCCCGCCUCGUUCCUGGCUGGACAAAAGCCAUCACCAUCGGCAGACACGCCUUCGGAGAUCAGUACAAAGCGACAGACUUCGUGGUGGACAAGCCUGGCAAAUUCAACAUGGUGUUCACCCCCAAUGACGGGAGCAAGGCUCAGGAGUGGGAGGUGUUUGACUUCCCUGGAGGAGGCUGUGGGAUGGGCAUGUACAACACAGACGAGUCCAUCACUGGCUUUGCUCACAGCUGCUUCCAGUAUGCCAUUCAGAAGAAGUGGCCCCUCUACAUGAGCACCAAGAACACCAUCCUGAAAGCCUAUGACGGGCGCUUCAAGGACAUCUUCCAGGACAUCUUCGAAAAGCACUACAAGCCCCAGUUUGACGAGCUGAAGAUCUGGUAUGAGCACCGUCUCAUUGAUGACAUGGUGGCUCAGGUGCUCAAGUCCUCAGGUGCCUUUGUCUGGGCCUGUAAGAACUAUGAUGGCGACGUGCAGUCAGACAUCCUGGCUCAAGGGUUCGGCUCCCUGGGUCUCAUGACCUCUGUCCUGGUCUGUCCCGAUGGCAAGACCAUCGAAGCCGAGGCAGCCCACGGCACGGUGACCCGCCACUUCAGAGAGCACCAGAAGGGCAAUCCAACUAGCACCAAUCCCAUUGCCAGUAUUUUUGCCUGGACCAGGGGCUUGGAACACCGUGGCAAACUAGAUGGCAACUCUGAUCUGAUCAGGUUUUCCCAGCUCCUGGAGAAAGUGUGUGUUGAAACUGUUGAGAGUGGAGUAAUGACCAAGGACCUUGCAGGCUGUAUCCAUGGCCUUAGCAAAUGCAAAUUGAAUGAGCACUAUGUGAACACUACCGACUUCCUAGAUGCUAUUAAGAACAACCUUGACAAAACUCUGGGCAAGAAGUGAACUCCAUAACAAGGCCAGGCUGGAAAUGAAGUUACGUCUUUUUAUUUUUUUUACCUCAUUUUUAACUGAAGGGAAAAUGUACUACGUUUGAGUCUGGACAAGCAGGUACAUGCAGUCAGUGAGUGCACCGUCACAGGGUAAAUCGUCUUGCUGGUUCUCCCCGCCGAGUCCCUGUUUUGUAAUGUGAAGUACACCUCGAACACUGUAAUACAGAUAUUUAAAUUACUGAAAUUGAUUAACUCCCAUUUUCAAGCAAUAAAAACCAUUGUAAAACCUCCA